CGAUGAUGGAAAAGAGAAAGCCGCGAAAUGCCCGGGGAUUUGUUUGGCCGAGACCUGACCACCGCCCACUCCCGCACUUGCUCGCCGGAACACCACGACAUCGAUCUAUCUACGCCACGCUACGCUUUCUUGUCGGCAUCUCAUUCCCCGGGGCCCCCUGCACCCUGCACCAUGGAGAUCACCGAUUUUAUUUUCUCCCAGAGGGAGGACAUUCUCCUGGCCGGCAACUACAACGCCUACCGCACUCACACUACCCGUAAGCUGCACAAACUCCGCCAGCGGCUCGGCCAGGCCACUCCCAAAGGCCGCAAGUACACGGCCAAACGCCCUGUCACUGCGGAAGACGUCAAGAGCAAUGCGCAAUUCGCCCACAUCCUCCUCAUCAGCGCCGAACGGGCUUGGGCGCACGCCAUGCAAAUGAAGACCAAUCACUCGGCAGAUCCAUCGGCAAAGGGCAUCACCGGGGCUACAAGGAGCCAUAUCAUCUCGCGACUCCAGAAGGCGACGACCUAUGCAAAGCAACUGGUGUCGGUUCUGGAGAAGCAGGAGAUCUCCGGGGCUGCGGACACAGAUAUCCUUGAAGCUCGCGCAUAUCUCGCAUCGCUCCUGGGGGCUAUGUACCUGGAGAAGCGCAAAUGGGAGCAAUGCCUCCAGAGCUACUCCAUCUCCAGGGUGAUAUAUGCGGCUCUCGGGCAGCAGGUCAAGAAGGACGCUUUCCGGGACCUUCUCUCCGGCACUGUGGAUCCCAGUCUGAGAUACGCGGCGUAUCAGCUGAAACUCCCGCGGUCAAGGCCUAUUCCAUCUCUCGCCAUCAGCUAUUUCCCAUCGGAUGUCACCAUCCGGUCGGAGGUAGAAAAGCUGGACCCCAGCUGUUUGAAGGAGGAGGCGGCAGGAACGCGGAGGACUGCUGAGGGGGAGGUGCAGCAACUUCCGGAAACCAUCACAUGGAGGUCGCACACCGUCAACUUGGAAGAUGCUGCCAUCUCGCAAGCUCUCGCGGCUGCGGCUGCAGCAGAAUCUCGUCUCAGUCAGUGGCUUGCGGAGAGCACCGGCAAAUCGGCUUCAUCGAAAGACAAGGCCGCAGCUUAUGACAACGUCAUCAUCGCCAGCCAAGACGCCGUGGACGCCACGAAGUCUGCGAUUGACGACCUUGCCGGAGAGGGAGUCGACCCGGGUGAUAAGAGAAUGCAGGCUCUGCAGAUUUCGCGAACCGCUGUGAACUAUGGCCUUGUGGGAUGGAGAAUCGGACGCAACCGUGUCCUGUGUGGCGAUCAUGACGGGAUUUCUUUCGAAACAGCCCCGACCAAACCACUCAAGGGCGCCAAGGCUUCUACCAAGCAGGACGAGGCCACUGGCAAGAAGCUGGCGCGGCUGCGCGAACGGGUCGUGCUAUACGACUCCAUUUUGCAAAGCAUCGAGUUCAUUCUUGAGCUCCCCGGAGUUGCCGCCGACUCGGCCUUUGUUCAGGAGCUGGAAGCCAAACGGUGUUAUUUCCGUGCUUUGAGAUGCCUGACCAUUGGACGAUCGCACGGAAUCCUAGGCAAGUCCGCCAACGCUCUCGCCCUGUUUGCGCAAGCUUUGACUCUGGCCUCGGGCGCUGCCAAGUCUACCUCGGCUGACGUGGACGGGCCCCCCAAGCUGGACAUCUCUCGUGGCCAAGUCCAAGCUCUUGAAACCACCCUCCAGGGCCUGGUUGCGCAAUACCGCGGUCUUGUCACUCUGGAGAAGAUGUCCGCCGAGGCGCAGUCGAAGUCUACAAACCAGCUUCCGGCCGUUGAGCGUCUACACGAAUACUCGGGCGACAGCCUCGACAUGACCAAGAUCGUCCCGUACCCGCCUCAGAUGCAGCCCGUUCCCGUGAAGCCUUUGUUUCUGGACGUGGCUUGGAACUACAUCGACUACCCGCGCCAAGCUGCGCCCGCUCAGAGCGCAUCUCCGGCUCCGGAGGCCCCAGCAGAAGAAAAGGGUGGACGACGCGGGUGGUUUGGCUUUGGCCGGUAGGCAACUCAUGAUGCGGUUGUUGGGGACAGCUCUUGACGUUCAAUUGCGCCCCAGCCAUCGUCUUCGGGUUGUAUCUAGAGUACAUAGUAAAUUUGACAUGAUGACGAUGGAUGCUGCAACAAUCAUG